GAGGGCCCCGGUCCCUUUGUCACCACCCCGCGGAGCGACCCCUGUGUGCCUGCAGUGCCCACAGCACCUCUGUGCUUCUGUGCCCCCGUGAGGAAGCAGUGAGGGCCCCAGAUCCAAGGAGCCUGGUGCCCCAUGGAGCCCCACAGCACCUCUGUCAUUGCUGUGCCCCCCAUGAGGACCCUGUGAGGUCCCCAGAUCCAAGGAUCCCCAGUGCUUCAUUGAACCCUGCAGCACCUCUGUCCUUUCUGUGCCCCCCUUUGAGGUCCCCAAAUCCAAUGAUCCUGGUGCCCCAUGGAGCCCCACAGCACCCACAGCACCUCUGUUCUUGCUGUGUCCCCAUGAGGACCCUGUGAGGUCCCCAGAUCCAAUGAUCCUGGUGCCUCAUGGAGCCCCACAGCACCUCUGUUCCUUUCUAUGCCCCCCAUGAGGCCUUUGGACCCUUUGAGGUCCCCAGAUCCAAUGAUCCUGGUGCCCCAUGGAGCCCCACAGCACCCACAGCACCUCUGUCCUUUCUGUGCCCCCCAUGAGGCCUUUGGACCCUUUGAGGUCCCCAGAUCCAAUGAUCCCCAGUGCCCCAUGGAGCCCCACAGCACCUCUGUGCUUUUGUGCCCCCAUGAGGAACCAGUGAGGGCCCCAGAUCCAAGGAUCCCCUGUGCCCCAUGGAGCCCCACAGCAUCCACAGCACCUCUGUCCUUCCUGUGCCCCCCAUGAGGCCUUUGGACCCUUUGAGGUCCCCAAAUCCAAUGAUCCUGGUGCCCCAUGGAGCCCCACAGCACCUCUGUCCUUUCUGUGCCCCCCAUGAGGCCUUUGGACCCUUUGAGGUCCCCAAAUCCAAUGAUCCCUGGUGCCUUCUGGAACCUCACAGCACCUCUGUCCUUUCUGUGCCCCCCAUGAGGACCCUGUGAGGUCCCCAGAUCCAAGGAUCCCCAGUGCUUCAUUGAACCCCACAGCACCCACAGCACCUCUGUCCUUUCUGUGCCCCCCAUGAGACAUUUGGACCCUUCAAGGUCCCCAGAUCCAAUGAUCCCUGGUGCCUCAUGGAGCCCCACAGCACCUCUGUCCUUCCUGUGCCCCCCAUGAGGUCUCUGGACCCUUUGAGCUCCUCAGUUCCAAUGACCCCCAAGUGCCUUCUGGAACUUGUUGUCCUUGUCCCCAUGGAUGGCGCAGUGCAGAUGCUGUGCUCCCCAUUCCUUCCCUGCCCCUCUGUGAACCCAGAGGACAACGUUCCUCAGACCUUUUUGUGUCCCCACUGUGUGACAGGAGCUCCUGGACCCCACAGACUCCAUCAGCCUCCCUUCUGCCAGGCAAUCUUUGCUCCUCUGUCCCCUGCAGUGCCUGCAGAGCAAAGAUCCCCAUUCUGUCCCUUAAUGAAGGAACCCCCAGCCAUGUCCCCAAGGCAGCUGUGUCCCCCCAAACCUCCCCUCCAUUCCCCAGCACAGCCUCCAAAUCCCUCCCUUCACCCCUCAACCAUCCCUUCUGUCCCCUGCAGUGCCUGUAGAGCAAAGAUCCCCAUUCUGUCUCUUAGGAAGGAACCCCCAGCCGUGUCCCCACAUCAUCCAUGUCCCCCACCAUCCCCAAACUCCUCUCCAUUCUCCAGCACAACCCCAAAAUCCCUCCUUUCACCCCCCAACCAUCCCUUCUGUUCCAUGCAGUGCCUGCACAGCAAGGAUCCCCAUUCUGUCACUCUAUCCCCUAAGGAAGGAACCUCUGGCCGUGUCCCCAAGGCAGCUGUGUCCCCCCAAACCUCCUCUCCAUUCUCCAUCACAACCCCAAAAUCCCUCCUUUCACCCCCCAACCAUCCCUGCAGUGCCUGCAGAGCAAGGAUCCCCAUUCUGUCUCUUAGGAAGGAACCCCCAGCCGUGUCCCCACAUCAUCCAUGUCCCCCCAAACCUCCCUCUCCAUUCCCCAGCACAACCCCAAAAUCCCUCCUUUCACCCCUCAACCAUCCCUUCUGUCCCCUGCAGUGCCUCCAGAGCAAGGAUCCCUGUUCUUUCCCCUAAAGAAAGAACUCCCAGCCGUGUCCCCACAUCAUCCAUGUCCCCCACACCCCCAAACCUCCUCUCCAUUCUCCAUCACAACCCCAAAAUCCCUCCCUUCACCCCCCAACCACCCCCUCUGUCCCCUGCAGUGCCUGCACGACAAGGAUCCCCAUUCUGUCAUUCUGUCCCCUAAAGAAGGAACCCCUGGCCAUAUCCCCACAUCAGCCGUGUCCCCCACACCCCCAAACCUCCUCUCCAUUCCCCAGCACAACCUCAAAAUCCCUCCUUUCACUCCCCAACCAUCCCUGCAGUGCCUGCAGAGCAAGGAUCCCCAUUCUGUCAUUCCGUCCCCUAAGGAAGGAACCCCUGGCCAUGUCCCCAAGGCAGCCGUGUCCCCCCAAACUCCUCUCCAUUCCCCAGCACAGCCCCAAAUCCCUCCUUUCACCCCCCAACCAUCCCUUCUGUCCCCUGCAGUGCCUGCAGAGCAAGGAUCCUCAUUCUGUCAUUCUGUCCCCUAAGGAAGGAACCCCCAGCCAUGUCCCCACAUCAUCCAUGUCCCCCACACCCCCAAACCUCCUCUCCAUUCCUCAGCACAACCCCAAAAUCCCUUCUUUCACCCCCCAACCAUCCCUUCUGUCCCCUGCAGUGCCUGCAGAGCAAGGAUCCUCAUUCUGUCCCCUAAGGAAGGAACCCCCAGCCGUGUCCCCACAUCAUCCAUGUCCCCCACCAUCCCCAAACCUCCUCUCCUUUCCCCAGCACAACCCCAAAAUCCCUCCUUUCACCCACCAACCAUCCCCUCUGUCCCCUGCAGUGCCUGCAGAGCAAGGAUCCCCAUUCCGUCAUUCCGUCCACUAAAGAAGGAACCCCCAGCCAUGUCCCCACAUCAUCCAUGUCCCCCCAAACCUCCUCUCCAUUCCUCAGCACAGCCCCAAAAUCCCUUCCUUCACUCCCCAACCAUCCCUGCAGUGCCUGCAGAGCAAGGAUCCCCAUUCUGUCUUUCCGUCCCCUAAGGAAGGAACCUCUGGCCAUGUCCCCAAGGCAGCUGUGUCCCCCCCAAACCUCCUCUCCAUUCCCCAGCACAGCCCCAAAAUCCCUUCCUUCACCCCCCAACCAUCCCUGCAGAGCAAGGAUCCCCAUUCUGUCCCCUAAGGAAGGAACCCCCCUGCCAUGUCCCCAGGGAGCCAUGUCCCCCACUGUCCCCAAACCUCCUCUCCAUUCCCCAGCACAACCCCAAAAUCCCUCCCUUCAUCCCCCAAACAUCCCCUCUGUCCCCUGCAGUGCCUGCAGAGCAAGGAUCCCCAUUCUGUCCCCUAAGGAAGGAGACCCCCUGCCACCCCCCAGCCACCCCCUUUGUCCCCUGCAGUGCCUGCACAACAAGGAUCCCCAUUCUGUCCCCUAAGGAAGGAAUCCCCAGCCGUGUCCCCAGGGCAGCCGUGUCCCCCCAAACCUCCUCUCCAUUCUCUAGCACAACCCCAAAAUCCCUUCUUUCACCCCUCAACCACCCCCUUUGACCCCUGCAGUGCCUGCAGAGCAAGGAUCCCCAUUCUGUCAUUCUGUCCCCUAAAGAAGGAACCCCCAGCCAUGUCCCCACAUCAGCUGUGUCCCCCCAAACCUCCUCUCCAUUCUCCAGCACAGCCCCAAAAUCCCUCCUUUCACCCCCCAACCAUCCCUUCUGUUCCAUGCAGUGCCUGCACAGCAAGGAUCCCCAUUCUGUCCCUUAAUGAAGGAACCCCCAGUCAUGUCCCCACAUCAUCCAUGUCCCCCACCAUCCCCAAACCUCCUCUCCAUUCCCCAGCACAACCCCAAAAUCCCUUCUUUCACCCCCCAACCAUCCCUGCAGUGCCUGCAGAGCAAGGAUCCCCAUUCUGUCCCCUAAGGAAGGAAACCCCAGCCGUGUCCCCACAUCAGCUGUGUCCCCCCAAACCUCCUCUCCAUUCUCCAGCACAGCCCCCAAAUCCCUUCCUUCACCCCUCAACCACCCCCUCUGUCCCCUGCAGUGCCUGCAGAGCAAGGAUCCCCAUUCUGUCAUUCUGCCCCCUAAGGGAGGAACCCCCAGCCGUGUCCCCACAUCAUCCAUGUCCCCCACACC